UCCCCUCCCAAUCAUGUGAUUCAGGUGUUCCAAUCCCCUCCCAAUCAUGGUGAUUCAGGUGCUCCAAUCCCCUCCCAAUCAUGUGAUUCAGGUGCUCCAAUCCCCUCCAUAUCAUGUGAUUCAGGUGUUCCAAUCCCCUCCCAAUCAUGUGAUUCAGGUGUUCCAAUCCCCUCCAUAUCAUGUGAUUCAUGUGUUCCAAUCCCCCUCCCAAUCAUGUGAUUCAGGUGUUCCAAUCCCCUCCAUAUCAUGUGAUUUCAGGUGUUCCAAUCCCCUCCCAAUCUCAUGUGAUUCAGGAGUUCCAAUCCCCUCCAUAUCAUGUGAUUCAGGUGCUCCAAUCCCCUCCCAAUAUCAUGUGAUUCAGGUGCUCCAAUCCCCUCCCAAUCAUGAGUGAUUCAGGUGCUCCAAUCCCCUCCCAAUCAUGUGAUUCAGGUGUUCCAAUCCCCUCCCAAUUGUGAUUCAGGUGUUCCAAUCCCCUCCCAACCCAAUCGUGAUUCAGGUGUUCCAAUCCCCUCCCAAUCAUGUGAUUCAGGUGUUCCAAUUCCCUCCCAAUCGU